GAGAGGGUGUGGUCUAGUAACUGCUCCUGAGUUUCACCUGAGAGCAAAAUAAGCAAACUCCACCAGUACAGAGACACUGCCUGGCUUUCAAGGACAUACUUUUACUGUGGAUUAUUCCUUCUCCUUAAGGGUUAAUAUGGAAGCUGUUUUCUCAAGUGCAAGGCUAAAGCUGGCUGUGUUGUUUCUGCUAACAAUCCGGCUGGAGACAGAUGUGACUGAGGCGAUGCAGGUGACGACCUCGGGGCCGCAAACAAUCCAAAAGGCUUUGGGGGAGACGGUCACCCUGGGAUGCACCUACACCCUCGGCCCCGAAGACACGGGAGAGCUGGACAUCGAGUGGUCCAAUGUUAGCCCGGACAUGACACAGAAAGACCAACUGCUUUUAUCAUAUACAGGGGGCCAGACGAUGCGCUACGGAGACCCCAGCGUGAACAAAAGGCUCAAGUUCAUAGUGGACCCCAAGCAGGGCGACGCUUCCGUCUCUCUCUCUAAUGUGGUUCUCAAAGACACAGCAACCUACCAGUGUAAAGUCAAGAAGGCACCGGGUGUUGACAUGAGAAAAGUCACACUGAAUGUGAUGGUUCCCCCAACAUCCCCAAAGUGUUGGGUUGAAGGCCCGGAGGAGAAAGGUGGUCCCGUCUCCCUCAACUGCAAAUCUCGUCAGGGAUCCAUUCCUCUCUCUUACACGUGGAGGAGAGAGAGUGGAGGUGCGAUUCCAGCUGACGCCAUCCAAAACCUAGAGACUGGAGAGCUUUUGAUAAAGAACCAUACGGACAGCAACAUUGGAAUUUACGCGUGUGAGGUGAAAAAUGCCGUGGGCAAAGGACAGUGUAAAUAUGCACUGCAUGCAUACAACCCUACCAAUAAGGUGGGUAUCAUAGUCGGGGCGGUGAUAGGUGCCCUCCUGCUGCUGCUCCUCCUUCUGCUCCUCAUCUGGCUCCUGGUCUGCUGCUGCAAUAAGCGUCGCUAUGAGAAAGAGGUUGAAAAUGAAAUAAGGGAGGACGCCCCGGCCCCAGAGAGCAGACCCACCAGCAGACCCACCAGCAGAAACUCCAGCAGACACUCCAGUUUACGCUCAGUGAUGGCGUACCGCACCCACCCAGGGGUGCAGUACAGCGAUGUGAGGAAACAGCUGCCCAGUGUCAGUGAAUCGGCCCACGGUGGCGUCUACGCAGGGGAGAGUAACGGCAGAUCACAGCCAAAUACUGAGGGUGGGCGAGCCUCCCUCAAUUAUGACAAUCGAUUCGGAUACGCUGUGUAACUCCCAUCCACAUGCAUGAUAGACUUUUUUAUUUUAAUAUGAAACAACGCCUGCUGAAGCGAGGACUUUUUAUUUUUAUGAAGACUUUCUAUUUUAAGUAUAACAAUGUUUGUAAAGAAGUCUAUAUGACAAACUGUGCAAUACAUAUUGAGAAUAAUGGGAGUAUUGGUAUACUGUAUGACUACGGGGGACUUUCUUACCUCAGCACUUGGACAAAUAUAAAUGUACAGCUUCAUGAUUCGCUGUAGCAAAUCACUGCUACUGAAUAGGUUCUCAUUGUUACACAGCUUUUCUAAAACUGUAUGUAAAAUGUAUAUAUUAAAAUACUUGUAUUUUUAUGGGUGCCUUUUUCUAUGAUGCACAUGGAACCCAAUCAAUUAAUCU